AGGCUAUGGGUUCCCGUACAGAGAGAACUGCACUUUUGACGGUUUGCUAAACGGCUUCAGGCCAGAAAACUGCUCGAACCGGGCUUUCACUUGUUCCACUCGAAUCAGCUACGGUCGAGGUUUCGACAAUGCUACAAACGUCGCAUGCGUUUUGGAUCUCCCUAUCGACGUUGAAAAUUCUUCCUAUGACAGUCCACUCCGUGAGGUCGCAUGGAUUCCACCAUAUCACAAAACGUACCUGGUUUUCAAUAUCAGCGGCGAUCCGAAUCAAUGGGAUACCUCUGAUGGCACAACAAACCACUCAAUGGUGCUACGGGACCCAUACGAAAACGGCGAAUGGGUCACUUACAAAUUAGAGAAAAACACAACGCUCUCUGCUAAUAUAUGCCUCACUGCACUCACCGUAGACUAUUCUCAAGUCCACUUGAGUGCCCGAUGGAACUUGUCCCAGCCGUCCUUCGAAUGGAACUCCAUGAAAAGGACGUGGAAUUCGGCCAGUGUCCGAAAACAGAUUGGAGCCUGGCGAACACCCCUCGAUCGGCGAGAGAGGCAGGUCCUCGAGAUGCGGCGGCUCAGAGGCAAGCCUACGAGACAUUAAAACGAAGAACCGCUCUAUUGUGAAGACGCUGUUCAGGCGGUGGCAGCAGCACCUACCCAGUAUCCACCUGGAAACAUUUCGAUUUCUAUGUGCCCAG